AUGCCAUCCGCGAGCCUGACGGAGGUUUCUGGUGUCCGUGUUCUACAGUUUUGGACAGUUGUUGACGAGGAGGUAGAAAUUCCAUUAGCCUUCAAAGUGUUCGACAGCUACGACAGCCAGGUGUACAACCUCUUUUCACAAAUUCGCACUGAGCAGAAGGGGCGUCUAGAUCUCCUGGUGAACAACGCCUAUGCGGCAGUCAGCUACCUCACCUCACACGCUGACAUGAGCUAUUGGGAGUUGGAUGCGUCAGAUGAUGCCGGCGCCGCCGCCAAGGCCUGGGACAUCGUGAACGGGGUGGGCCUGCGAAACCACUACAUCUGCGCCACGCUGGCUACACGCAUGAUGCUGGAAUAUCGCGGCGAACUGACCACCACCACCAACGAGAGUGGUGACAGUGAGAAGGAAACUCAAAAGGCUCUCCAGCAGAGUGACGACAGUUCUCUUCAACGUCCAGGCCUCAUCAUCAACAUAUCAUCUCUCGGCGGUCUGCGAUAUCUUUUCAAUGUUGCCUAUGGUGUUGGUAGGUCUGUUGAUACUGCCUUGUGGCUUGUAAUUAUUGGUAUCCUGAGUAGUCUAAAACCAAUUAUAAUCGAUGUUUAA